UCAUAAAAUAAUUUUUCCAAUGUGAAUCAAUAGACAUAAGUACUACUAAUCGCAAUUUUCAUAAUUAAUAAACGUGUAUAUUGUAUAAUUCGUGAUAUAUUUUUGAGACAUAUAUUUUAAAUGAUGUUCAGGCUAUUCCCAGUUCGUCUCAAAAUUACAAACAUAGUUUCAUAAUACAAAAUAAAUAGUAACAUAAAUUCCCGCAUGUAUUUUACUAUACAAGUUCUGUACUUAUGCAUUACCUUCACCAUUCCUCAGGUGAUUUAAUAACCUGGGAAAGGCCAGGGAAGUCAGUUCUUUAUUACAACCAGCAUUCUUUAUUUAUUCUGUUCUUCAUUACAGGAUGUAAUAAAUAAGCGAUAUAAAUACAAAACUUAAAUGACAAAAAAACAAAUAAAUAAAAACACACAUCCCAAACCGCCUUCUGUUUUAGCCCUUAGAUUCUCAAUACAAUCUACCUGUAACGUUACACCCCGACACCCCCCACCCUCCACCCCUCCGUCCCAACCCCACCUUCGUCAGUGCAGUGGGUGGGACAAAGGCCGAUUAUAUUCUUUUUCACGUCAGUUGGUUUUGAGUUGACCAAUGAAAUAUAAGCGUGAACAGCGGUAAAAAUUUGAAAUCCCAACGGCUUUGGAAGCGCUUAGAUCAGUGUUGUUUCGUGCGUUGUCUGAAGACCCGUGAGUCGAUGAACAAUCGGACCUGGUAACGUUAAAUGAACAAAGAGAAUACAAUGUCCCGUUUACCGGUCAUGUCCGGAAAACGGCCUCACUCCAGUAUUACAGAUGGAGAGCAUCAGCAGCCUACACUGAAAUUACGUAAGGUUGAGACAGAGAUUUCUCAAAAGCUCAGACCUGCUGCCAGUGUGGUGCCCCCCAGACGUCCUGUGCCAGCCAAAGCAGCCACUAAGCCUCUUCGUCCAACUGGAGCGGUGACUCUGGCAGCAGCCCCCUCAAGAGGUGACAUGAAAAAGUCAUCUGCAGCAGUUGCUAAAGUUGUUGGCACAUCAAGAAGACCAGGAUGGGACUUGAAGGGGAAAGUCAGCGACAUGGAGAACAAAAUCCAGAACUACCAGAGCCGAAUUAAGUCUGUUAACCAGGAAAAUGAGAGCCUCAAAGAUUGCAUUGCAAAAGUGCAAAAAAACGAGGCUGAGAUUCAAGUGGAGAACAGAAGAUUAAAGCAACGUCUAAGGGAGCUUGAGGAGGAGCUGGCUAAGCUAGCAACAGUGAAAGAUGACCUGGAGAAAACUUCUGAAGAGAGAGAUGGCCUGCAGAAAGAUCUGAAGAAGCUAUCAGAUGAACUCAACGUUCUGCAGAGGCUCAGACAUGACCUAGAAACAGAGCUCCGCAAUAUGCAGAGCCAACUCUCGGUUCAGACCUCUGCUCUAGGCUGCUGUCAGGACAGCUUGCGGGAGAGUCAGGAGACCGUAAAAAGCUUGGAGCAGAUAGUGGCCCGGCAACAGGAUGACCUCCACUAUGGAGAAAUGGAACGCAGGAAACUGCACAACACCAUCCAGGAGUUGAAGGGUAACAUCAGAGUUUUCUGCAGGGUCCGCCCUCUGCUUCCCAACAGGGAAGUGAGCAUCCCACACAUUCAGCUGCCUGCUCAUGAUAACAAGUCGCUAACACUUGCAAAAAUGGAAGAGUCCCACAUAGGACGCACCACUGACACUCAGAAAAGCUACAAUUUUAGCUUUGACCGGGUGUUUGGGCCACACAGCUCCCAGAGCGAGGUGUUUGAGGAGAUCUCCCUUUUGGUGCAGUCAGCUCUGGAUGGCUACAAUGUCUGUUGCUUUGCAUACGGACAGACGGGCAGUGGCAAGACUUUUACAAUGGAAGGAGGGGACAUGGAGGAACUGCAAGGAGUCAUUCCUCGAGCUGUCCAGCAGAUUUUCAAGUGUGCCAAGGUGCUUGGUGAGCAAGGCUGGCAGUACACUUUUACAGCCAGCUUCGUUGAAAUUUACAACGAAACCCUGCGGGACCUGCUUUACACAGGCAAACCCAACAAGAGGCCAGAGCAUGAGAUUAGGAAGACUUCAAACAAUGAAGUAACAGUCACCAAUCUGACCUACCAAAGAGUCAACACAGAGGAUGAGGUUUGCAACUUGAUCAUCUUGGCAAACCAGAAUAGGUCCACUGCCCGGACAAACAUGAAUGACCAUUCCUCUCGCUCCCAUUCCAUUUUCCGGUUGGACAUUGAGGGAGAAAACGUUGGCCGAGGCACCAAGUGCAAGUCCUCCCUGUGUCUGGUGGACUUGGCUGGCAGUGAGAGGGUCCAGAAGAGCCAGUCUCAAGGAGAGCGAUUUAAGGAGAUGACAGCUAUAAAUUCUUCUCUCACCAAUUUGGGCAUUGUGAUCACUGCUCUGGCCAACAAGGAGAGUUUUGUGCCAUAUCGCAACUCUAAGCUUACCUACCUUCUUCAGGGAUGUCUUGGUGGAAACAGCAAGACUUUGAUGUUUGUAAACAUUUCACCAGAAGAAGACAGCUUCAAUGAAUCACUCAAUUCACUUCGCUUUGCCAGCAAGGUGAAUGACUGUGUUAUCGGGACAGCCACUGCCAAUCGGAAGUAGCCCCUUCAGUUCCUCUUACUGAUGAUCUUUUGCAAACUUUAUUUUGCUUUUUAUUAUUUCCAAUGUUUAUCUUGCAUUUUAAAGAUUGUCUUGAAUUUUAAAGACUUCAUAUUAAGAACAUCCAAUGUUUUAAUCCAUUUAUCACUGCAUUUUGAUCAGUAUUUUUAAAGCGUAUUAAAGUUUAGUGUAGUUGAA